CAGAGCACUACCUGCAGAGCCCAAACACAUAUAUGAAUGCGAUGGCUCCGGACCUUGUACAAGGCACGCCAGCGCAGCCAUUCCAACCAGACCGCAUGGAACAGCAUGCCUGUGACAUUCUCAACAGCGCCAGACUCUGGAAUCCUGACCCCUCUGUGGCAGGUCUAGUUCCAGGGUCGCAACAGUGGGCUCCAAAGGCCCAUCAAGAAGAGAGACCCGAACAUCAAUACCGCCGUCGAUUGAGAUGGGCUGUCGAGUGGAAUGACAGCUACACCAAUCCAAUAAACCAUGAGCCAGCUGCUCGCAAGGACAGCCUCAAGAUAUAUAACGAAGAUAAUGAUGAAUACGAGUGGAAGUGUCUGGAGGUUCGUGAUGAGGUCGAGUAUUGGGUACACCACAUCAACUUCUUCGGACAGUUGGUAUAUACAAAGUCAGCAACAAGCCCUGCGGCGACGAUCGCCAUCUUGAAGUCCUCUACAAAAUGGUUCGGAGUGGUCAACACAUCGCGGCUCCGCAUCUCCGUGCUUGUAGCCUCUGCUUCGCGGCUUCUGGAUCCAGUUGUCUACUACGGCAAACCAGAAGCCCUAGCGCAGCUGAGAGGAACGGCACUGGAGGAUGCUUGCAUCGGCCAGUGCGAUAAAUUCUACAGCAACAAUGGCUGGUGGCAAGACGACGAAUAUACUGAGGAGGAGUACAUUCCUCGCGUCGAUACCCUUGAAUCCGUCCACUAUAAGGAGGGCGAGGUUGUCAUCAACGGCUGUACGCCUGGAUUUCCAAGCCGGGUGGAGAUUAUCACUGCUGGCACUCGGGAGCAGGUGGCCAUCGACAAGGCUUGUCGAGCUGCCGUACAAGCCCGAAUCGCACGUGGGCCGGCCAAGUCGAAGCUUACAAGCUGCUGCAUUUCCUACGACCAUGCCGACGAUUAUCCUGAUGCCGUUGUGGACGUGAGGACUUAUGUUACUCAAAGACCGUCAGGAUCAAGCAACAGCAGCGGCAAUACCUCAGACACAGGUAUUAUGACGGCUCCGUCAAGUGCCUCGCCAUCAGUAGAUGCCACUUUUGCAUCUCCAGCCUCUCCAGCUCCGGUCAUGUCUAGUGAAGAACUUAACCGUCGUCUUGAAGAAGCGUUCCCAUCUGCCGAAUGGGAUGAGGAUGAUUACAUGGAGGAUAGGUUGAAUCAAGCCUCAGCCACUCCUCCCACGUCAGCCACGACACCUCAAUCUCGCGAUAUUACUGACCGCGAAGAACCUCAAGAACAGAAGGCUACCUCCACUUCUCCAGCACAUCGUCGUUUCACAGACCGGGAAUUGUUCCAUCAACGUUUGGCAGCUGCUGGAGAUCGAGGACCAAUUCUCUCUUGGGCAGAGGACGAGGAGGAGGUACCAGCCGCUACACCCGUUGCUCAGAAGCCAACGACUGCAGUUAUGGCUACCAAGACUAUUGUCCGAGUCUUGGUACAAGGUGCUGCUAGACAACCCUUGAUGAUUACGGUGACUGAGAUGAGAUCAAAACAUCCAGCCAAAACCGUCUACGACCUCGCCAACCUGGCAUUUACAGGCCUACUGCCGAACCUGCGAUUCGGCCGUGUUGUCGUGCUGGAGCUCGCUAUUGCUGAACCGCCUUCAGCUACUGUUCCAAACAUGCUUCCCACCGUCCCGACUGUGGCCAGUAUAUACACUUCAGUGCACAAUGGCCCUCCUCGACAGCGACUCACCGAGAUCUUUGACGAUGAGGAGGAAAUCGCUGGCACUGUGGUUCAUUCCGACGUUGCGAUUCGGAAUACUGCUGAUGCCACCCUUAUAAGCCGGGUUAGUGCCGGCGACAUCGUCCCAGAAGGCAAAGAGCAGUCAGUGGCUAGAAAUCGGUCAGGGUCCUCCCGAGCGCCAGCACCAUAUCCAGAGAAUUCGCGACCAAGAAGUCCUCCACAGAAACCUCUUCGUCGACGAGUGGGUUUGGCGGUGCCUAGGACUAUCCCAGCGACCGUGGUGUCGGCGGCUUCACCAUCACCAUCACUAUCGUUGGCCUCAUUGUGCCGAUUCGUUGCGGAAGCGAGCGCCUCGCCGACGGACUCCAGCUACGACCAAUGGCCAGAUUUCUCUGGAGUUCCCUACUACUCGCCUACCUCCUCUGUGUCUGGACAAGCGUCUGCUGGUGAGUGCGAUGAUGAGCUUUUGCAGGGAAGGAGCAAGGGUUGGUUCAAGAGGGGCCUUGAUAAGGUCAAGGGGUUCUUCAGUAGGAAGAUCUGAUGGGAUGGCCUAUCGACAGGCAAGGCCCAUCGCGCAAGACUACGAUGCCAACUUUCGGCAUUUUAGAGGAGGAAAUGGAAACGCAUUGGACGGGAUAUGUGCAGAAGGCUAUGGGUAUUGCAAGACAACGAAUGGCUUGCAAUAAUGGUUUACGACUAUGAUGAAGGACGAACAAAAAGCUGGGUACAACAGCACCAGGCAAAAGAUAACGGAUCACGAAACGACACGAAUGGAACAGUGGUCUGAGAAUACAGCAACCAGCAACCAGCAUACGAUGCAUGAAAACAUGAGGUUACGAAAAGGCUCGCUAAAGAGCAUGGGUUUGGGUCUAAAUUUGUCUUCG